CCGAUUUGGUGCUUCACUUGGGUUGAUGAAUUUGAGCUGAGUGACUCACCAGUCUCUAGUUAUUUUCAUCCAUGAUCAGCCAGAUUUUGGUGAAACCCCGUUCCAACUCAGCCAGAUUUGCGGCUUUGCCUGUUUCAACAUUUGAGGAUAUCGCUUACGCAGCGAAGGCCACUUCUGGCCAGCGCAGCUGGAGGAUUGCCAGUUGGCUCUGCAGAUGAUGCGCCACGACGCAACGCAGAUGGGUUUUCAAGCGAGCAAGAUCGGCGUUUUGGGCUUCUCCGCUGGGGGCCAUUUGGCCUCCGUGGUGGCCACAGCGUCCGACGUGCCGCGACCUGCCUUUCAGGUGCUGAUCUACGCCACGACGGAUGUGGAAACUCCCGCGUGGGACCCCUGGACGGCACGGCUGGGUUUUCCGGGCGUGGCCUACAACACCGUGCCGCGCCUGGAUCGCAAGACGCCACCCGUGUUCGCCGCGGUGAGUACUGAGGACGAUGUCACCUCCUAUGAGGAAAAUACGCGGCCAUAUUUGGAGGCUUGUCGCCGCCAUGGCGUGAAGACUGAGUUGGUCUAUGCCAACAUGGGGCCGCACGGCCAUCCCAUGUCCGACCUCUGGACUUCGCCCUGUGAAGCCUGGCUGCGCGCCAAUGGCUGGGCACCAAAUGGCCGCAGUCUGGCGUUCCGGGUCCAAGCCCUGCUGUGGCGCUUCUUGGGGUGCCUGACAGACCCAGAGGCCUGGCUGGAACCCAUGUUCCUGGCAACGGCGGAAGUGGCGGCCUUUUAUGGAGCAGGAUCGCUGGGAGCCGAUGGCGAAUCCACUACUUGGAUGAUUCAAGAGGACGGCCUCUUUCGCAGCUCUUCCAAUGUGAACGCCUUGCAGCCCUGGAACCGCGAGCGGUUGCACCUGCAGCAGGGGGGACUGGAGCGGUCCCGAGAUCCCAAAGAUCGAACUGCGGAUGAGCUGCGCACGGACGACUCCCGGGACGUGCUGAGCAGCGGCAUGGCGACGCCCAAACUCCAGCCCUUAGAGGACGUUUUCUGGCUGAACAAGCUGGGGCUACGAUUUCGCUCGCAGGUGAAAUCGAAAAGGCGGCAUUUGGUGGCCAGUCAACUCUACGAGCUGCGUUUGGACAUUUGCCGUGUGUCCCUCUUCAGGGUUCCCACAUCUCGAGAUUUAGUCCGCCUCAGUGCUCUGGAUGCCUUGGACAGUCGCGAGAGCCGUGCGGCUGGCGAGCUGCAGGAGCUCUACCAUCGAUACCAACGCGAGAUCGAGGGUGAUGUCUUGGUACAGCUUGAGCUGCGUCUGGACGCUUUGGUGGAGCACGGCAAGACGCUGCGUGCCACACUCUUUGAGGAAGAAUCCAAGGAGCGUAGCAACUCCUUGCCACAAGCGCGUGAGGCAUAUCGGAACCACCUGCAGGAGCGACAAAAGCUUCGUUCCAGGCGCGAUGAAAAGGAGGCACAUUUCGAACAGAUCUGUAAGAACCUCUACGCCAAAUGGCGUGAACUGAGGCAGAUCCGACAGGACUACGGCUUCACAUCCACACCUUGGCGUCUCACCGCACAAGCGCAGGAGCAUGAGUCCAGCAGCGAUGGCGAGCGCAAGGCCAGAAACAUUGAUGCGGAGGUGGAAGAGAUGAGUUAUUUGCAAGGCCUGCCUGUCGAGCGUUUGAGGGACCAACUUCAAAAUAAGUGGGAUGCCGGCAAACGCCCUGCAGGCGCGCCAUCCUAUCGCUUUGAUCUCUCCGCCACCACGCAGUUGACCUCAACGGAGGUCCUGCGAUCGCGUGCCUUGGAUGGAAUCGUCGGCGAGGCGGAAGCCAUCUUGGCCUCAGAGGAGCUGCAGCGCCGGAAGUUGGUCUCCCGCGCGCGGCUUCGCGUGGAGUGCCGCGUGCAGAAUCGCGUGGUCGGCUGCAGCCCGUCGAUUCCCAUCAGCUGGGAGACCGCUGGCACGUCCGCGGCAGUCGCGUUGCUGGAAGAGGCCAGCCUACCUGGGUCCCCCGAAAGCCUGCGACCUGUACAUAGUUUCAAUUUGGCGGUGCAUGUGAUGCCUCAAAACCUCUCCUUGGUGGUUUAUGUCUCUGCCGGAGGCCUUUGGAAUCGCUGGCAUGCUACACAGGAGGUGGAGGUGGACCUCCCAAGCCUGGGAAAAGUGACUCACGCGGCUGUGCUUGACCAGCGCUUGUUGUUUGGGCCAGACGAUGAUGAUGGUGCCUUGUCGAGUUUUCGUGGGGAGGUCGCCGUGUGCGUCUCCUGGCCUGGGGAAGGACGUGACUCUGUUGUACCGCCCACGGCACCCCGCAUGGAAGCGGUGGAACGUCCAGCGUCCACCAGUUGCUGGCCCCGCAGACGACAGGAGGACGGAGAACGAAAGAAGGUGGAUGAAGAGGAAUUGAGUUUAAAGCCCUUGGGUGACAAGGCGUUGAUUGAAGAGACGCACCUCCGACGGCGACGCAAAGGCUCAGAGGCGGAUGACGGGUCCAGACGUUCCCUACGCAUCGAAAAGUUGCUGAUGCGCAUGGAACGGGAAGGCAUGGAUUCGGAGAUUAAAGUCGUGCCGGGCUUCGAAGAUGAAGCGCGGCGAGAGGAGCUGCAGAAGCUGGAGGUGAAGGUGGAAGCCGCACAGAAAGAGACUGUGCACCAGAUGGAGUUCCGCAAGAGGAUUCAGGAGCGAACACGUCGCAUGUCGACGGUGAAGACCCACAUGUCCUACAAGAGCAUAGUGAGAGAACAUGGCGAAGAGGCCGAGGAGGGCAAUCUGCUUGAGAUGCUGGAGCGGUUUCAGAAGCUCUUCCAGCCGAAGCACACCUUGCGCCCCAGCGGCCAGCGCCGGAAGUUCGAGAACGCCGUGCGCAGCAUUCGGGUGCAUGUCUCGGUGGCGAAAGUCUAUGAGGCUCCGUUGCGGAUUGACAACGGAAGUGGGCCUUCGGCGCCGGCGGCCCCACCCUUGCCAGGUUUUGGCUACAACCGCGCAGGUGGAGGAUUCGCCCCGCUGUCGGCCACCAGUGCGGUGUUCAGCACGAUCGGGGAUGGAGUGCAGCAGCAGCAGCUGCCGGAAAUCGUCAUUGAACUCACCCUGCAGGAUUUCCAGGGCAACUUGCUCUUUCGGCGCACGGAAAAAACCACCAAGUCCACCGAUCCGGACAUCAACCAGAUCUUGGAGCUGCCGUUGCAAGCCGCAGGUGUACCUGGGCAGGAAGAGCUGACGCAAGAGAAUCUGACCAAAUACACCGGUGAACUUACAAUCAACAUUUUCGAUGAGUUGACUCAGAAUCUACGUGGCAGCGGAAAGGAGCUGCGUAUUCGUCGACAGCUUCGCCACCUGGGCCGUUUCGUGCUGCCCUGGUCCACGUUGUAUUCAGCGAAGUGCAGUUUGAAAGGCAACUUCCUGGUGGAAGAGCAUCCGGUGCUCUUCGGGUAUCGCCCAAAGGUCAGAAAGAAACCGCCCACAGCUUUGGUGGCUUCAGGCGUACCGGCGCCACCACCACCGAAGGAGUCGCCCAAGCCCAUGGUCCUGGCGUUGGAUGUCACAGUAGAUCCACCUCUGGAACAUCCCACGCGAGUGCAACCGCAGAUGACUUUGGGAAAGGAAACCAACAUGAUGUUGAAACAUAUCCAGAAAUGGCACGACUCCUUGAAAUCAAAGCAUGACACCCGAAUCUUGGCCUUGGGCAUGGACGUGGAUGGACGCUCUCGCCUCAUUUGCCGCUACGUCCGGCCUCAGAAGCCUCCAGAGCACAUUGCAGCGGAAGAUCCUUUUGCCAUCGAAAUGGCUGCACGCUACGUUGCCCUCGUGCCCUCUUUGCAGGAUAAUGAGAUGUGGAACGUGGACGACUUAUGGUGCACUGACCAAGAGUUUCUCGACAUCCAAUGCGGUGAUUGGGAGGAGCACUGCAUCUUGCUAUGCAACUACUUCAACUAUAUCGAUCGACUGAGACGCGAUCGUGUAGCUGGUUUUAGCGCCACGGAUAUCCAGUCCUAUUGCGUCCUAUGUGACCUGGUUCCCGAGGGAGAAGCCGUGGUGGUGCUCCGACAGGAGAAAAGCUCUGGUAACUGCGAGUUCUGGCAUGCCCUGCAGGGAAAAUGUUUCGCUCUCCCAGCCAGUAUGCAGAUUGCGAAUAGUUGGAGUUUGUGCCCUGGCCGCCCAGCAGCUGAUACCGAGGAAUCGCUGGACACUGGACCCAAGGUCCUGACGGAGGCCUCAUCGACAAUUCCCAUCCGCAAAGUUCAUAUGGUAUUCAAUGCUGAGAACGUGUGGGCCAACCUACAACGCGAGAGUAGCCGCGAUACGCAUAAGGGUGUGGCCGCCAUGAGCUGGAAUCUCUCGGAUCAGCGACGCUGGAAGCCUUUGUUCCGCCGCGGCGAGCUGCGACGGCUCAGCGGCCAAGCGACCCCCGAAGGGGAAGAAGCCGCCGAUUUCUCCCGCAGCUGGCAGUUGGAGGAGCCUUCUGAAGCGCUCAAGUAUCAGCCGGUGGACGUGGGACAGGCUUCGAAGCUUGAGAGCAUGCUCCAAAAUCAGUUGGAACAAGACAUCAUCGGUCAUCGAGCUGGGCUCAAGGGCGAAGGUCUGGAAAAUUACAGCACCAGCUUCAACCACGUCAUUGGAGAGAAGCUGGGGCAACUGCUGGAGAAGCUGGAGAUGUUUUCCAAAUGUUCACGACGGCAUGGUGGGGUGCAGUCCGUCUUCCCUCUGAGGUCCUCGGCAGUUCCUCCCAUCACGCGGGAGGCCAUCGAGGAACAGAUGAACGACAUCGAGAACGACUUCCGCAUGGUCGGCCGACCGGGGCGAACGAUUUUCGGGGUGCCAUUCAACGAGCCAUACAAGGACUACAGUUUGAUCUGGGACACCGUGAAGCAGUCCCGGAUCGUGGAGCUCGGUGGCGAUCGCGCUGACUACGCGCUGAAGGUGAAGGUGUUCCCCUACGCAUCCGGAGUCUUGAGCAUUUGGGUUUUCAUUGCAAUGGCAAUGGAUCAAGAUUGA